AUGUCUUAUUGCGACGAAAUGCAUGGAAGAAAGAAUCUCAUCUAUGUCGAGAGUGAGGCCGAUCUAGCUCGAAUGAGAUUGGAUGAACACAAGUAUAAAGAAGUGAUUGAACUCAUGGAUAAUCUCUCCACUAAACGGAGCGAGGACGAUCGUCGAACUAAAUAUCACCACAUUCCAUUCCUACAAAAUGGUAGAUUCUCCGGACAAUCAUCAUCGUCUACGAAAUCGAUCGCGCUAUUCGGAAUGGGUGGGGUUGGUAAGACACAAUUGGCACUACAGUAUGCCCACGAAAGUGUAGAUAAAUAUGACAUAAUCCUCUGGGUCGCGGCCGACAAUGUCAUCACGAUUGGCCAGAGUCUUCGGGGGAUAGCCCAGGGUCUACAAUUGUGCCAGAGCCCAGAUGAGAUUCAGGACUCGGCUGCCGCAAUUUGGAAAGUGGCAUGGCCUGGGAAUUCACACGGCUCGAUACUGCUAACAACUAGAGACUUCGAUGUUGCGAACAAUCCUGCUGCUCGAUGCCUUCAGGUGGGACCUUUUGAUGACGCUGAGGGGUCCGUGAUGUUAUUGGAACAGAUCGGACUUGAUCCAAAAGUUACAGUUGACAUGGAACACGCGACUGCAAUCACCCAAACGUUGGGUGGGUUGCCCCUUGCUCUAAGCCAAAUUGUUAAGGAUGACUACGAGCAUACUCUGAGUACUGUCUGGGAUGUAUCAUUUCAGAAGCUCCCGAAGGAUGCGACGAAGCUAUUGAAUAUUUUGAUUUUCCUGGACCCAGAUGCAGUGGAUGAGGCAAUAUUUCUAGAGGGCUCACAGACAGACCUUGGGAUCGAUCCGGACUUCGAAUUCGUGGCUGACGAGAUGGACCUCGGUGAUGCGGAACAACCUCUCCUACAAGCAGCUCUAAUCAACAAAACAAUGGAGAAGCCGGUUAUUACGGUACACCGGUUGAUCCAAUUCGCGGCCAUCCGAAGACUACCCCUUACAGAUCAACCAAGGUAUCUCGAUGUUGUCGUUCAAUUACUAUCGUGGGGUUUCCCAGACACUUGGAGCAAAGAUGUAGGUCAUCAGAUUAAUGCCUGGCAAAAGUGCGAAAAGUGUCUACCACAUAUUGGUCACCUCGCCAAGAUAUCCAAGAAGCACAAUGUUAAACCAACGAACGUACAGCAAUAUGCCGAACUACUUCUCCGUUCCAGCUGUCUAGUAGAUUCCGCAGUUCAGACAUUCCAGGACAAGUCAACCUUAGCAUAUGCAAGCGCCAUUGAUCUGGCUGGCCUGAUCGACCUGGACUUGUGCCGACCAGAACUCGCCUUGAAGCCGUUUCAAGAAGCCCUAGAAAUCCGCAAGAAACGGCUCGGCCCCGAGGAUCCGUUUAUUGCUUUCAGUUUAAAUAACAUAGCACUAGCCUACACCGAAAUGGGAAAAUUGGAAGAGGCAUACUCUACACACCAACAGGCGAUAGACAUUCGACUUCGAAAUAAUAGCGAUAGGAAUGGUAACUCGUAUAGUAACAUGGCUAGCUUACUCUUACGCAUGGGUAAACCGGAUGGUGCUGAAGAAAUGCUCGCAAGAUGUCCAUCUUUAAAGGACUUCACAGACGAAACAUUCCUAAGUACAGGCAACCCGCGAUUCUCUGGCGAUAUGGUACUCUUAUCCCGCAUUCGACUUAAGCAGGGCCGUGUAGACGACGCUCUGCGACUAGCAUCAAAAGCGCUUGCGUUUCGGCAGAAGUUGCUAGGAAAUCGACUGAAAACAUGCGACUCACUAUAUGAUGUGGCUAAUAUCUUAGACCUCCAAAGUCAUUCAGCAUCAGCCGUCGAGUUUCUGAAGCAACUAGUAGAUAUUUCGGAAUCGUUGAGUGAGGGCGAGGGUCAACUUGCUCGUGCACUCUACAAAUUGUCUGUACUAUAUGCCGCGAAAGAGGCUGUGGCAGAGAGCGAUACUUGCAAAGCACGGGCUCUUGAAAUCAGGGACCGACUAAGGCUGGAAGAUAAGGAGGCGCCUUUUGAGGAGGAAUAUUUCUCAAAGCUAACAUUAUGGAUGUUAUGGUAG